GCCCAAACCGCACCAACGGCCAACGCACAAAAAACCAUUCUCAGCCUCCUCUCCUACUCGAGCAGCUAGCCCAGUCAAUCAUUCUGCUUGGAUUGGAUCCACCUUGUCUCUGAAAAUAGCUUCGAGACCUUAGCGCCCAAGAAACGGUGACCGACCGUCCCUGCGCUAGUAGCAACAGCAACAAUGGCGGCGAAGCACCUCCACGACGGGUACGAGCAGGACGGCGACCAGCCCGGCGACAACCGCAUGCGCCGCCUGCCGUCCUUGUCGACGGUGAUUCGGGAGGCGAUGAUGCAGAAGGAGAUGCAGAACCUGCUCAGGUGUCUGGAGCCUCUCAUCCGCCGAGUGGUGCAAGAGGAGGUCGAGGCAGGGCUCAGGCUCAUGCAGAGCCUGCGCUACAUCGAGAGGGCGCCGGCGGAGACGCCGGCGGCGGAACGGGCGGCGUGGAAGCUGGCGUUCCGGACGCCGCCGCAGCUGCCGAUCUUCACGGGCAGCAAGAUCGAGGGCGAGGCCGGGAGGCCGCUGGAGGUGGUCCUCGUGGACGCGUGCACCGGCUCGCCCGCCGCGCCCCCGGUCCCGCGGGCGCUGCGCGUGGAGCUGGUCCCGGUGUUGGGCGACUUCCCGCCGGACGGGCGCGAGGACUGGGCCGCGGACGAGUUGGAGAGGAGCGUCGUGAGGGAGCGCGAGGGCAGGCGCCCGCUCCUGACCGGCGACGUCGGUCUCACCCUGAGGGACGGGCGCGCCACGGUGGGCGAGCUCCGGUUCACGGACAACUCGUCCUGGGUCCGCAGCCGCAGGUUCCGCAUCGCCGCCCGCGCGGCCUGCGGCGGCGGCGGCGGCGGCGGCGCGCGGGUCCAGGAGGCCGUGACGGAGGCCUUCGUGGUCAAGGACCACAGGGGCGAGCGGUGCCGCAAGCACUACCCGCCCGCCCUCACGGACGACGUGUGGAGGCUGGAGAAGAUCCGCAUGGGAGGCGCGUUCCACACGAGGCUGAUGUGCCGCAACGUCGGCACCGUGCAGGAGUUCGUCCGGAUGCUCAUGGUGAACCCCGACGAGCUUCGCGCGAUUCUGGGCGACGGCAUGAGAGACCGCAUGUGGGAGGCGGCGACGAGGCACGCCAGGACCUGCGCCCCCGACGGCAAGGUGUACGCGCACGCCACGCCGCACGGCACCAUCUUCGUGGACUCCAUCUUCAACGUCGUGAGGGUCGACGUCGGCGGCGUCGAGUGGCCGCUGCAGCAGCUGAACAGGGGCCAGACGAUGAUGGUGCAGCAGAUGCUGCAGGACGCGUACGAGCACCGCCACAGCCUCCAGGACGCGGCCGAGGAGGCCUUCAUGCUCGACGGCCACACCGACACCAACGCUCCGCUGCUGCAGAACGCAGCGCACGUCGCGGCGCCGGCGCCGGUGGACACACCGCUCUGGUUCCAGAACGCCGCGGAGAUGGACUUCCCCGACGACGACGACGACGACGACGUGGUUCCCGUUCCCCAGGUCAACAGCUUCGGCUACCAGUGGACUGGCCAAGCGUUCCACAUGUGCGCUGGAUGGGUAAGCCCCGAAGAAGACAUGAACGAGGAACUCGAGUGAAGAUCGCUAGCAAGGUUCCAGCAACAGGAUGAACAUUAAAAAAAAACUACAACGUGGUUGUAUGUCCACGACCAGGAUCAUGUGUGUGAGUGUGUCUGUGUGUGUUCAUGUAACAGCAGGGUCUAAGGGUAGGUGAGUUCGAGCUGCCCUUCACUGCAUCGCCGGACGCGCCGCCGAGCGUCCGCGAGCAGCGAGAAGCGGCGAGCGAGCUAGUGCAGGAUUCUUUGGUUUGAUUCGUAUUCUUUGUUGUAAUUGUAAUCUCUCAGUUUUCCCGUUCAGCCUGGUCGUGGAGCGUCCUGCUCUGCUCCUGCUCCUGCUCCCAAAGAUGAGUUGAGUUGCAUGUAAAUGUAACGUCGGAGCAGCGACGCGUGGGGCUGGCUGGUAUAUGCCUACAACUACAAGGGCUAGCAGCAGAACUAGUUGAGUAAACAUAUACUAGUUCUGAUUUCUUCUUUGAUAUUUUUUCAAAACUUUUUUUUUUGUGUCCUGUA